AUUAAUUUGAUAGUGUUUUGAUCCAGUCAAGAUGCAAGAAUAUGAGUUCUCCCUCUGCAAGACUGAUAGUUUUUUUUGUAAAUGCAAAACUAUACAUAUAUAAAUAUAUUUUCUUUUUUUAUCUUUAUUAACCAAAUAAAAUAGGUCAAAACUAAUUUGUUUAUUCAGGAGUUUGUUCUUUAAAUUGUAGUUUUAACUAAAGCCAGUGGGUGGUGGUAUUUUCAAAGCAACUCGGUGCAGUCAUAAACAGGAAACUGCAUUUAUUGGAUAUUUUCAACAAACUAUUUUUUAAUGGCGUGAAAAUGAACAUCAUCUAUAUGUGUUAAGGCAUUUGUUCGUUAAAUUUACAUUUCUUCUCUUUUUUUAAGAUGAAUGAGCAUCAGGAGCCUGCUGCUUUCAGAAGCAUCCGGAAUUUAUUAAAUUAUCGUUAACUAAAAAAUAUAUCAAGACAACAACCAGUGCAAAUUUAACAAAUAUUGACUGUGUCAUUUAAGCAUAUUUUUUAUUCUUAUUUUCAUUUUGUAUCGUUUUGAUUCAAAAUUAAUGAAAUUGUCAUGAGUAGUUUUUAAAGCUAAUAUUUCGGACACUGAACGAUGAUCGUGAACGCAACACGUGUCAUCCAACAUGGCCGCGCAGCGCAGAAUGUUGAUGCAAAGCCAUCAAAGCUGGACAGAUGAUCUGCCCUCAUGUCAGAUGUGUGGGGUCGGUACCGCCCCCAACUGCGUGUACAGCCCGGAUAGUAAAGGGUCCCAGGCCCACCCUAUGGAGGAUGGGCACCUCAGAUUCAGAGGCGAGGAUGGCUGUUUCCUUUAUGGGGUUUUUAAUGGUUAUGAUGGCAGCAGAGUGGCCAACUUUGCUGCCCAGCGUCUGACGGCUGAGCUUCUUCUUGGACAACUGAACUCCAGUCACACAGACAAAGACGUCCAUAGAAUCCUUACGCAGGCCUUUGAUGUGGUGGAGAGGAGCUUCUUUGAAACAAUAGAUGAUGCUCUGGCUGAAAAGGCUCUCCUGUCCUCUCACAAGGAGAAUGUGUCCUUCCAUCAGCUCUCUCCUCAGAAUCAGAAGGUGCAGGAGCGCCUGAAGGAUCUGGAGCAGGAAGUGUCAGGAGGAGCUACGGCUGUGGUGGCGCUGAUUCUGGACAACAAGCUCUACAUCGCCAAUGUCGGUACCAACCGAGCCCUGCUCUGCAAGUCAAGCGUCGACGGUCAGAACCAGGUCCUUCAGAUCGGUCGACCUCACAGUACCGACAACGAGGAUGAGCUGCAGAGACUGGCAGCGCUAGGUGUGGAUGCAGCUCGAGUGAGACAAGCGGGACAGAUAGCCGGACAGAGCAGCGUGAGGAGGCUCGGCGACUACAGAGUCAAGUUUAACUACAGUGAAAUCGAUCUGCUCAGUGCGGCCAAGUCAAGGCCCAUCAUCGCCGAGCCAGAGAUUCACGGCAGCCAGUCUUUGGAGGGCGUGACAGGCUUUCUGUUGCUGAUGUCAGAGGGUCUGAUAAACGCCCUUGAGUCUGCGCACGGUCCUGAGCAGGUCAAUCAGGAGAUUGUUGCCAUGGUAGCAGCGGAGCUGGCCCAGCAGACCAAUUUGGAGGCAGUGGCUCAGUCCGUGGUGGAGCGGGUCAAGAGGCUUCACCAUGACGUCUAUGUGUCGGGACGUCAGAGGGCGCCCUACUGCUCUCGGCACGAGGACAUGACCCUUCUCAUCCGCACACUCAACUACCCGCUGGCCGAUGCGGUGCACACGCCCACACAUGGAGGUCGUAUCUAUCCCGUGUCGGUGCCGUACUCCAACAGCCAGAGCACCAGUAAAACCAGCGUCACUCUUUCACUGGUUAUGCCCUCACAAAAUACCCUCACCAAUGGAACCAACACCGCCUCCACCCUAGAGGAAGGCACCCCCACACCAAGUCAGAGCCCCACAGCCACCCUGCAGUCCACCAACAACCAGACCCAGAGCUCCAGCUCCAGCUCAGGGGAUGGAGGUCUGUUCCAGAGCCAGAGAGGGAACCAAGUGGCGCAGCCUGAUGAGACAGGCAGGGUCCCACCCUACGUGGACUUCAGCCAGUUUUACCGACUUUGGGGAAGCGACCACAGCGACAGCCAGAGCACGCAGGGAGGCCUUGGACCACAGUGAGGAGAAGGACGACGUACUGGAGAAAGACACAUGGACUGUCAAGAGACAGGUUUUAAGAAAUAUGUGGAAUGAACUAUUGCAGCAGAAAUUUAAAGACCUAAAGUUGUAUUUUAACAGAACUAAGAUGGCUUUUCGUCAUUUUUGCAAUGUGAUGCAAAAUAAUUAAACUGAGCAGACGUGUCAUGACACACCUGUAUAUGUGUUGGCCCCUUUUGGAACAGAUAAACAAUCAUGACUAAAUACCUGUAACCAUGACUUUAGCAAUAUAUACUCAUUACAUGUUGCAGGGCCUUAAAAUGUAAUAAAUGGAUGCAUGUGAUAGUGUUUUAUUUGUAAUUAAAUACUAUAUAUCUCUGAA